UGGGGAGGGGAGGGCGCCCCGGGGGUCAUCUAGUCCACUGAAGCGUCCUUAACCCUUCCUGUGCCGGGCGGCGCCAGAAGCCUCGCAGAGGGCCGAGUCGCUCCUCCAGAGCCGAGAUCGGAGGAGUCGGGCAGCCGCUCGUCUUCCUUCUCAUCACCGCCGGAGCCCACCCAGGACGGAUCCCUUCCCAGCCCCGCUCACUGGCUGGAGAUGAAGGAGGCGAAGCUCACCGCCGGCAAGACCCCUGCCCGGGAGGAGGAGGAGGCGAGGGAAGCUGGGGAUUCCCUUUCCAAGGCAAAGCACAAGCAGGAAAACAAAGAUGUAGGCGAUGACAAGGAUCUCCCCCAAAAGAAGCAGAAAUCUGGGAAAUGGCAGCAGAUGGGGCGACAGCCUCAUCUCAAGCCCAAGUGUGACCAUAGGAAAAGAGACGCACCGGUAUAUGCAGCAGGCAGCCUGGAAGAGCAGUGGCAGCUGGAGAUCCUGAGCAGAGGCCGCGUCACUUGCCCCACCUGCAGGGCUGUCGUGAGGAAGACGGUGGAAGGGCUGAAGAAGCACAUGACCAACUGCCAGCAUGAGAUGCUCACAUGCCACCACUGUGGGAAGCAGCUGCGGUCUCUGGCAGGAAUGAAGUACCACAUCAUGGCAGACCAUAACAGCCUGCCAGUGGGGACAGAGGCGGCCGCCUGCGAUCUGGGCGAGAGAGGGCGCUUGCGGAGGGUGCUGAAGCGGAUGGGGAAGCUCAAGUGCCCAAGGCAGGGCUGCACAGGCAGCUUCACCAGCGUCCUGGGCUUCCUCUACCACACGCGGAAGUGCGGGAAGGAGGCUGCCGAGCUGGAGCAGAUGGCUCUGAAGUGCCAGCACUGCGGCAAAGCCUACCGCUCCAAGGCGGGCCUGGCUUACCACCUGAAGAUGGAGCAUGGCCCGAUCUCCUUGCUGUGCCAAGACAGCCAGCCGGCCCCCCAGAAGGAGGUGGCAAGCGCAGAGCCCAGCAGUGGAGGCCGCCGUGCUCUGAGGAAAGCUGCCCAGGCAGCUGGCCACCACCUGCAGGAGGCCCUGGCCAAGGAGGCCCUGGCCAAGGAGUGGCCCAGGCGGAAGGUCUGGCAGGACCUGGUUCCCGAGGACCGAAAGCUGAAAUACACUCGCCCAGGACUGCCUGCUGUCAGCCAGGAGGUUCUGAGCAAGUGGAGGGCAGAGAUCAAGGCAUGCCGACGGGUCCGCUGCCCAAACCAGGGCUGCGAGUGUGCCUACAGCAGCAUCUCGGGCCUCAAGUCCCACCUGGGCAGCUGUACCUUGGGGGAGUUUGUGGCUGGGAGAUACCGGUGCCUGCUGUGUGAGAAGGAGUUUGUGUCCGAGAGUGGAGUCAAGUACCACAUCAACACUGUGCAUGCGCAGGACUGGUUUGCUGUUGGCACACACACCGCCAAGAGCUUCAAGAAGCUGCUGAAGCAGCAGCAGGAGGAGGAGGAGGCGGAGCAGAAGAGAGCGCCCAGGAAACCUCUGCCCAGCAGGAGCCGCAGGAAGAGGCCACAGACUGCUGCCUCCCCCAAGAAGGCCACACCCAGGCAAAAGGCAGCGGGGGAGCAGGGGCAGCAGAAGCCAAAGGCCAGCUGCCCCCAGCGGGCAGGAAGUGGGAGCUGUGAGAAGGAGGAGGAGGAGGAGGAUGGCCCUUCCCCUCUGAAGCUCAGCCACAGGAGAGGGAGGGAGUAGUGGCCCCCCUCUGGUCUCUCAGGGUGGGGAGGGAUUCCUAGAAAGGAAGGGGAUCCUCUGGCCACACGCCUCCUCGCAUCCUGCCCUCCAGCCCACCUCAGGCGGCCUGGGUUGCUCAAGUGACUGACUGGAGAAGAACAACCCCCGCUCCCCACAAGCUCAGCAGGGCUUACUUCUGAGGAGGCACAUCAAGGACUCUGGUCCUCCCAGGUGAGGCCACACUCUCCAGGCAAGGAGCCACCAGAGGUGGGGUUUCCUCCCUAUCCUCAGGCAGGCAGCUGUGCCCCAACCCCGGGAGCAAACGGGGCACUGCAGAUGGAGCGUCGCUGAAAAUCUUACCAUAGCAAAACACACAUUCCAAGGUAAUUUUCACAUUUAAUUAGUUAUC